UUUACUCUUGUUUAAGCCGAAUUUUCUUGCCCUGAAAAUUGCACUCUUACAAUAAAAACCCUAAUUCACUUGUUUUUCAUCUUCAUCUUCAUCUUCUUUUUGUUCUUUCUCUUUACCAUGGAGAAACAUAAACAUGAUCAAGAUUCUGCUUCCAAAACAAAGUUUUACAUAAAGAUCAGGGUACCCAAUCCCCGUAAAGAAGCUCCUGCUGUAGAGCAAGAACAUGUAGAAGAUGGUAGGGCCGGUGGCGGCGGAGAUGAUGGCGCCGAUAAUAAACUGCAUGACUUGCCACCUGGGUAUCGUGUUUGUGGAUACUGCGGAAAGACUUUUAGUUCUGGUAAAGCUUGGGGAGGACAUAAAAGGCAUCAUCUCAAGAUCAUUAGAGAUAAUAAUAGGAAAAAUCAAGAAUCUUUAAAGAUAAAGAAACUUCAGAAGGAUACUGUAAAGAAACAUAGAAGCUACAGCUAUGGUGGUGGUGGUGGCCACAAGAAUAAUACUAUUAACAUAGGCGACGUGAAGGUUAGGGAUGGAAAACCUAGUUGCUGUUUAUGUGGGGAAGAGUUUCCUAGUAUGAAAUCUUUAUUUGGACACAUGAGAUCUUAUUCCAAUACAGAUUCCAAAGAUAUUAAACCUCCAUCUUUUUCUUCUCCUUCUCGUCCAAAAUUGGUAUUUAGAGAAGAUGAAAGUGAAGACGAUGAAGAAAUUUAUUAUAACCAGAUCUCUCAAGCGAAGAGUUCAAACUCGAAGGGUAGUGUUGAUUUGAUGAGUUCUUUGGUGGGUCAUGGUUGGGGUAAAAAGGACUUCCGUGGCCGGGAUUCUGUAACGGACUUGAUACCUCAGGCGGCGCGUGACUUGUUAGCAUUAUCUAAGGAUCAAGGUAAAUUAGUACUGGCAUCGACAACAUCAAAGGAAUUCAAGGAUAAUGUGAUGGAAAUUGGGAAGAAAUUGAACUAUAUAAGCAAGUUAAGGGAUCUUGGAGCUGGUCAUGAAAUAUCAAAGAGGGAUUCUCAAGAAGUAAGUGGUACUAUUAGAUGCUCAAACCCUGCUAAGAAAAAUAAGAGAGGUGAACAUGUGAAAGAUGCCUUUGCUGCUGCCACCGCCAUGGCAGAUGAAGCAGUUCCUGCAUCAGAACCUGAUGAAACUGAUCAAGAAAGUGGAGAGGAUCAUGAUGAACCUGCAGUACCAAUUGAGACUACAUUUCGUUGUGAUACUUGUGACAAGACAUUCCCUACAGGACAGGCACUUGGAGGCCACAAGAGAUGCCAUCGGAAACCUAUUUCAAAUGAAGUUGGUUCGUCCACAGGAGAAGCUGCAAGCAAUAUUCCUUCUGCUACAGCAUCAUCUGGAGAAGCUGCAAGCCAUGUGCACCAAGCUGAAGAACCUACUCAGGCCGGUCAUCAACAUGGGAUGUUAGGCAUUGAUCUAAAUCAGCCUUAUGUUAUGCAGGAUGGAGAUGAUGUGACUUCAUUCCCCUUUGACAAGGAUUGAUUGUUGACCACCUUGACAAGAUUUUCUUGCCUGUAUAGUGUCAUCAUAUGCACUGUAUCAAUCAAGAGCAUGGGCAUAAGAAGAUUAGCAUUGGAGCUGUUUGGGGCAAGAAAUUGAUCCUAAAUCUGAAAAAUAA